UCCUCAAACCCGGCUGCUCCGCGCUGGGCUCGGGAGGGGGGCGGCUGCGGGUGGAGGUGCGCUUCUGACAAGCCCGAAAGUCAUUUCCAAUCUCAAGUGGACUUUGUUCCAACUAUUGGGGGCGUCGCUCCCCCUCUUCAUGGUCGCGGGCAAACUUCCUCCUCGGCGCCGCUUCUAAUGGAGCCCCACCUGCUCGGGCUGCUCCUCGGCCUCCUGCUCUGUGGCACCAGGGUCCUCGCCGGCUACCCAAUUUGGUGGUCCCUGGCCCUGGGCCAGCAGUACACCUCGCUGGGCUCGCAGCCCCUGCUCUGCGGCUCCAUCCCAGGCCUGGUCCCCAAGCAGCUGCGCUUCUGCCGCAAUUACAUCGAGAUCAUGCCCAGUGUGGCCGAGGGCGUGAAGCUGGGCAUCCAGGAGUGCCAGCACCAGUUCCGGGGCCGCCGCUGGAACUGCACCACCAUAGACGACAGCCUGGCCAUCUUCGGGCCCGUCCUAGACAAAGCCACCCGCGAGUCGGCCUUCGUGCACGCCAUCGCCUCUGCCGGCGUGGCCUUCGCCGUCACGCGCUCCUGUGCCGAGGGCACCUCCACCAUCUGCGGCUGCGACUCGCAUCACAAGGGGCCGCCAGGCGAGGGCUGGAAGUGGGGCGGCUGCAGCGAGGACGCCGACUUCGGGGUGCUCGUGUCCCGGGAGUUCGCGGACGCGCGCGAGAACAGGCCGGACGCGCGCUCGGCCAUGAACAAGCACAACAACGAGGCGGGCCGCACGACCAUCCUGGACCACAUGCACCUCAAGUGCAAGUGCCACGGGCUGUCAGGCAGCUGCGAGGUCAAGACCUGCUGGUGGGCCCAGCCCGACUUCCGCGCCAUCGGCGACUUCCUCAAGGACAAGUACGACAGCGCCUCCGAGAUGGUGGUGGAGAAGCACCGCGAAUCCCGCGGCUGGGUGGAGACCCUCCGCGCCAAGUACGCGCUCUUCAAGCCGCCCACCGAGAGGGACCUGGUCUACUACGAGAACUCCCCCAACUUCUGCGAGCCCAACCCCGAGACGGGCUCCUUUGGCACCAGGGACCGGACUUGCAAUGUCACCUCCCAUGGCAUCGAUGGCUGCGACCUGCUCUGCUGUGGCCGCGGCCACAACACGAGGACGGAGAAGCGGAAGGAGAAAUGUCACUGCAUCUUCCACUGGUGCUGCUACGUGAGCUGUCAGGAGUGCAUCCGCAUCUACGAUGUACACACCUGCAAGGCAGUGGGAACGGGUGAAGUGUGUGGCUGGGCAGAUUCACCGAAGUCCCAUGGGAAGCAGGACCUGGAGCCGGGCUCAGCCCUCAGCACCAGACAGCAAGGAACCCGGACUGUUGCCAGACGCCCGUGCGGUAAAUUACCUGGACCCGAGCCGCCCACUGACGGGGAGGCCCCCCUCGCGCUCUCUCUUCUCUCACCCUGCUCUGGAUGGUGUGUGGUUUUUAAAGAAGGGGCUUUCUCUUUAGUUCUCUAGGGUCUGAUAGGAACGGACCCCAGGCUUCUCUUUGCACAUGUUAAAGAAAAUAAAAAAAUGGAAAAAAAAAAAAUUCUACUCCGACAGAACAGGCUGGGCUACCGUGAGCUCUCUGCCCGGUGGUGAAGACUUCAGCACGGGCAAGAUUCUGUUUCCAGACCGCUCCUUCUGGUGAUGCGCCAAGACGCCCGUGAGGUGGGAGUUACGAAGUAGGACAGACCCCUGCAGUCUCCUUUUCUCCGUCUCUUCCUGUGCAAAUCUGAUGUCCUUCCACAUUCUGACAAAAGCCAUAGGUUGAGCUAGGAUAAAGUGGUAAGGGAGGCCCAAGGCGAUUGUGGGAGUAGGAUUUUGAGUUUUGAAGAACCAGGAGCGCUGGGUGGCCUGGUAAGCUGUUUGAAAAGCAGCUGUGUGUUCUGUCUCGUUUUCUCUGUAACCCGGUUCUGCACAAGAGGCUCUUAGGACCUGCAGUCAGAGCCGCUCCCCCUCUUGCCCAUUCUGCGGUUUCCACCAGUAACGCGGGACGGUGGGGUCGUUUUGCUUGUUUUGUUUUUGUUGGUUUUCAGAGGAUGAUGUAAAUAGGUUAUGUUUCAAGGGGGCCGGCCUUCUGCAGCUCCAGUAGCUUCCUAAAGCAACAGGUGGUACCUUUAGACGGGGCUGUUCAAUCCCUCCCAGCCCGGCUCACCGGCAGAUUCUCCACAAAAACAAGUCCAGGUAGAGUGGCUGGGAGUCUAGGCCACCUUGGUAGAAGUUAGACAAAGGGUCAGUGAGUGGCGAUCUGGUCCCGAAGUUCCAAUUUGGUGACUCGUAGACGGGGGAGGGGGCCGGGGGGGGGGUUAAAAGUCACUCCUUCGUCUCCUCUGUGAAGCAGACACGUCUUCUGGCCUCCUUUUCUCUCUUUGGCCUGUGUGGGUAAACAGAAGCGCCGAGUUCUUUAACACGCACCCUCCGGCCUCGCCUGCACGCGGACACCGCACCCAUCCGCGCAGUUACCAAGGAUCAGGGUUGGGUGUCCGAAGCGGGGCAAGCGGUCCCUCGGUCCCUCGGGUAAAGCCCCUCACGGCCGAGUUCCCCUUGCUCUUUGUUGGUCCUCUGGCGCGUCCUGAAGGAGGCUAGCAGAAUGGAGGCCGGCGGAUCGGACAGUAUGAAUCGAUGCAGCUGUGUCUUAAGGAGAAUCGGGAAGAAUAGUCCAGAACAAAGUCGUUUCUUCCUUUUCUCCCUUCUCUCUCUGGUCUGCCUCACGCUGACCUAAGGUUCCGGGGUCUUCCCGCUUGCCCAGGCAGGCUUGCCGCCACCAUCUAGAAGCCAUGCCCGCCCUCUUGAAUCCGCUGGCAACGAGCCCUGAUAAAGAUCCACCCCCCAUCCCCUCUCCAGAGAGUCUGAAAUGCCCCUCCCCACCUCACCUUAGACUGAAGUUUUAAAUCAUGUCAACCAGAUGAUGCUUGCUUUAUGUGAGAAUUAUUUCAGCAGAAUGGAUACAAAUUUUCAAAAACAGUCUUUUCAUAUCUAUGUAUUCUAUAUUAAAAGUGAUAAAAGUCAUGUUUCUGGGGCGUAUUCAAGUAGCUGACAAGUAAUUAUUUAAUAAUAGUACAUUGAGUGCAUUGUAAUUAUUCUUGCCGUAGUCAGGUAAUAGUAUCCAACAGAAAUUUCCUACCAACCUGCUGUAUCCAAAGUUUUGUAAAAAGUUGUAGAAGUUGUUGAUCUUUUUGAUUUUAUAUUCAAAAAGUCUCUUUUUAUAAAUAUUAUUUAUUAUACAAUGUAUAUACCUUUGAGUUAACUAAGAUUAUAUAUUAUAUAAAUAUAUAUAUAUUUGGAGAAAAUAUAUUUCAUCAUGCAGUUUUUUUCUGUUAAGUCAUUAAAGAGAAGGUAAACAAACUUAAAACGGAUACAUUGUACCGUGUGUGGAGUUUCCAGAUUAAUGCUCAGGAGGUCGAGAGUAUCCGAUUCUGGAUGUGCUGGCCUCCACCUGCACCCUUAAGUUAGUGCCCCAAAUCAAAGCCAUUCCCUCUGUUCUCUAAGCGGGAUCAUCGGAGACAUCAGGGACAGUAGGUCUGAUCCACUGCAGGGCUUUCUUACAGGCUUACUUUGCUCUAAGUCAACAUCCAACAGAUAAUUCCCAGUUUUGCAAGUAAGCAGUUGGGCGCUAAUGCUUUUCAUAGACUCAGGCACCUCCACUGCACAAAUUAAUGUCACAGACACUCAGAGAUGUGGCUCGAGGCCAGCAGACCACGGGGUUGGUUAAUCCUUUCCUCACCCAUGUUUUCAACUCCAUUUAUUGGGAAAAUAGGAUUUGCUCUAUUGAAAAUGAAACUUGACUGGAAAUGGCUCCCCCCGCUGCUAGCUAAUCUACAGAAGGGGUAGGUGGGUCAGGAAGAUGAAGUGGUGUGCCCUAGCCUCUGGGUGGCCUGGAACAGGUGUCAUUUGCAGCUUGCGAUGGGGCAGAAAGGACUCCCCAGUGGGCACGUUCUGGGAAGGGCAUUCUCUUCUCAAAACGCUGCUUCAAAAGGACUCACCUGAGACUCCCAAGCAAUGCUUUCUCAACAGUGAGAGGCUGUAACUCGGUUUUAUGACAAUAGACGAUCCUUUGGUCUUCAGACCUACCCAUAAAAUGUCACCUUUGGUUUAUGGAGCACGGCUAAAAUGCUUUUGCUUUUUCUUUCUCCUGAUUUACCUUUAUUAGAAGCAAAUCUUACUCAUCUCACUGCAUAGAAAAACAUAAAAAUAAAGCGGUCUGCCCUGUG